CCCCCCCCCUGGUUCUGGUAUCCCUCUGCCGGUGGCCACCGCCUCCCGCCCCCCGACUCGCCGCGAGAGAUGUCUACUACCCUGCGCGGCCUAAACAUCUACAUCACCGACAUCCGGGCCUGCCGGUCUCGAGAGGAGGAGGAGCGUCGUGUCAACCGCGAGCUCGUCAACAUCCGCAACAAGUUCAAGGAUGCCUCCAAGAUGUCCUCCUACGACCGGAAGAAGUAUGCUCUGAAGCUGCUGUACACCUACAUCCUCGGCUGGGACGUCGACUUUGGCCAUAUGGAAUGCAUGCAGCUGAUCACCAGCAACAAGUUCCAGGAGAAGCAAAUUGGCUACCUGGCUGUGACGUUGCUCCUGUCGGAGAAGAGCGAGCUCGUGCACAUGGUGGUCAACUCCAUCCGCAACGACUUGACCUCGUCCAAUGAAACAUAUGUCUGCCUGGCACUGGCGGCCGUGUCCAACGUCGGCGGCCUGGAAAUGGCCGAGGCCCUGCACAAGGACGUCUUUGCUUUGUUGGUGGCGCAGAACACCCGGCUCUCGGUGCGCAAGCGCGCGGCCAUCUGCCUGCUGCGGCUGUACAACAAGAACAAGGACGUCAUGGCGGCCGCCGAGUGGGCCCCCCAGCUGGGGGAACUCCUGUCCAUCCGGUUCCUGCUCCUGUCCAAUGCCCUGCUGAGUCUGCUCCUGUGUCUGGCCCAGGACCACCCGGUGGAGUAUCAGUCGGUCAUGAUUCGGGUGGUGGAGAUCCUGGGGCAUCUGUUGCCGACGGCGGCGCGCAAGGCCGCCCAGAAGGCCUCCUCCGCGGCCCUGGACACGGAGUACUACCGCGUGCCGAACCCCUGGCUGCAGGUGAAGUGCUUGCGCAUGCUGCAGCUGGCACGCGCGCCCCUGCCGGAGGCUCAGCUGGCCGAGGUGGAGCGCAUGAUUGGGGACAUCCUGCAGCGGGGCCAGUUUGCGCUGGCGCAUUCGAAGAGCGCCAACCAGCUGAACGCCUCGCAGGCAUGUGUCCUGGAAGCCAUCAACUUGACGCUGCACUUCAACUUCGGCGGCGAGCUGCUCCACCGAUCGGUGGCGCAUCUCGGGUCGCUCAUCGGCCAGAGCCAGCCCAACAUGAAGUACCUCGGUCUGGAGGGCAUGGCCAAUGUGGCCCUCGUGUUGGAUGACCUGUCCAUGGUGGAGCCCUUUACCCGGGCCAUUACAUCGGCCCUGCGCGAUCGGGAUAUCACCAUCCGUCGUUGCGCGCUGGAUCUGUUGUACUUCAUGUGCAACGACACCACCAGCCGGACGAUUGUGCCGGAUCUGCUGGAAUACCUCAACAUCGCCGAUUAUGCCCUCCGCGAGGAGCUCGUGCUGAAGAUUGCCAUCUUGGCGGAGCGUUUCGCCGCCGACCACUCGUGGUACGUGGAUGUCAUCCUGCAGCUCAUUCAGUAUGCCGGCGACCAUGUGUCCGAGUCCAUCUGGCACCGGGUGGUGCAGAUUGUGUCCACCGAGCCGGACUUCCAGCCGGAGGCCACCUACAAGGUCCUGCAGUCCCUCAACAAGCCCAGCUGGCAUGAGACCACCGUCAAGAUCGGUGGCUACCUGCUUGGUGAGUACGGUGAGCUGAUUGCCUCGCGGCCUGACGCCCAUCCGCAAAUCCAGUUCAACUCGCUGCAGUCAAAGUUCGGUGCCUGUUCCACCAGCACCAAGGCCCUGCUGCUUAGCUCGUAUGUGAAGAUGGCCAGCAUCUUCCCCGAGCUCCAGCCGGAUAUCACGGCCAUCUUCGAGUACCAUGCCGACGCGCUGGACAUGGAGCUGCAGCAGCGCUCGGUCGAGUAUCUGGAGCUGGUGCGCCGCGCGGCCCAGGGGGAUCCGGCAUACCAGGAGCUGUUGGAGAUCAUGUGCGAGCCGAUGCCCGCUUGGGAUCUGUCCAAAUUGAAUGAGAGUGACCCGUCCGGGCGCCGGGAGUCCACCCUGCUGGACUCGGAUGCCGGGUUCGGAGCCGGCGGCCUGGCCUCGCCGGCGGGCACUGGGAUGCUCAGCAGCCCGGUGUCGGCGACCACCAUCGCCCAGCGCCGGUCGACCAUCCGUCGGACCACCUUGUCGGGGACGAUCGCCGCGGCGCUGAAUGCCACGACCGGCGGGUCACCGGCGUCGCCGAUGCUCCCGACUCCGGUGCCCCUGGCUGGGCAUGGGUCCGGGUCGCCGGUUGUGCCGGCCGCAGCCGGGCCGGCUGGCUCGUCGCCCGGGCCGGCUGCCACCGGCGGCGCAGCCACCUCCAGCCAUCGUCAGUCGCCGGUGGUGGAUCUUCUGGAUUUGGACUUUGGCCAGUCCUCGGCCCUGGGCACCGGGCCCGGGGCCAUCCAGUUGUCGGCUCCGCCGGCCGGGACCGGGGUGGCUGCCACCGCGGCCACUGUGGCCCAGGUGGGCUUCUCGGAGUUCGGGCAGCUGGGACAGCCGACGGCAGCGGCCGAGUCGGCCUUCGGCCGUCUGCUUGGCCAGCAGCAGGGCGUCCUCUUUGAGGAUGACCUGCUGCGCGUGGGCCUGAAGGUGGAGUUCCAUGGCAGUCGCGGCCGGCUGCGGCUGUUCUUCGCCAAUCAGCAGGCUUCCCCCGGGGCCGGGAGGGGCCCGGCCUCGGCGCUGGCCAUCCGGGCUCUUGUUGAGCCGGAUUUCCUGGUUCAGUCCAUCGGAACAUCGGUGUCCAGCCGGGGCCUGAGUGUGGAAGUGCACCAGCCCCUGCCGGGGGUGGUGGAGCAGCAGGACCAGCUGGUGCUUCUGUGCCAGUGUGAGCGGCCGGACUUUGCCACGGCGCCGACCCUGCUGCUGGCGUAUGCCCCGUGCGCGGUGGCCGGUGGCGCGGCGGCCCCGCUGCUGGCGCCCAUGCGCCGGGUGCUGCUGCGCCUGCCGAUCGGGCUGACUUGCUUCCCCUCGCCGCUGCCGGCCAACUCCAUGAGCUCGGAGGUUUUCUGGGGCCGGUGGGCCAGCCUGCUGGCGGCCGGCACGGCCAACGAGGCCACUGCCAGCUUCUCCGUCGGGCAGGGUCUGACGCCCGAGGCUUUGCGCGCGCUCAUCGGCCAGAUGGGCUUCUCCCUCAUGGCCGGUGUGGAGCAGGCGGCCGACAACACGGCCGCGGCCAUCAUCGUGUCCUUUGCGCAGACGGCCCCGGGAAGCCCGGCCGCCACGCCGAUGUCCACGGGCGGAGCCGCAGCCGGGGUUGGUGCCAAGGUGGGUGUCCUCCUCCGGGUGGAGUUCAACCGCCUUGGCCACAGCGUGGCCUUGCAUGUCCGCUCGCCGAACCCCCUUGUGUCGCGGACGGUCAUGGGCCUGCUUCAGCGGCGCAUUCUCUCUUCCUAAUGCAAUGGCGCCGCUCUGGGAGAGCCGCAAAGGGGAGCUGCGACGGGAAGGCCGUCCUGCCUUGCUGGUGCCGGUGCCGGUGCUGUCAGCCUGUCACAGAGCCGGCGCCGCGGCGCCGGCCGCGACCACACCGUAUCCCGACCACCACCACCAUCGCGACAGUCUCCCGGCUCUCGAGUUCCCUCUGGGUGCGGGACGACCUUACCAGGGGGCAAGCCAGUUCCUACCCCCCCCCCCCCCCCC